AUGAUGAACGUAACGUUUGCUUCCUUCAUGUAUUCCUCUCAACCGAUAAUAAUAAAACUUCCAGAAUUCGAUGUGAAUAUGGAGCAAAUAAUAAAGGACCAAGCCGGUGGCAAUGGCUCGUUUCUCAGAGAAUUCGUGACUGAAAACGGGAAACCGAAAGGGAUUGGAAAUCGGCCGGGAUUCAACGAUUCUUAUUGUAGAAAUAUCGAGGAGGAGCUCAUCGUGCACCCAAAAUACGCGGAUUGUAUAGUUUUGGAAUCACUGAAUGAGAAUCGAUCAAUCGUAAAACUAAACGCUUGGUCUGGAUUUGAAAUUUUCAAAUUUGCGGUGAAUCUGAAAGAAUUGAAGAAUAUCGAAGUGCAAUUAGUUUAUCAAAACGAGUUGACUUAUCUUUAUUUCACGGAAUUUCGAAAAUGUGAUAACUGCCUCUUCAACCUCACCAAGAACCCGGCUCUCGUUGGUCUUCGAUUUCAUUAUCUGACUGAAACUGACGAUUUGAACACGAUUGAUAAAGAAUACCUUCCAAAACUGUACAUCCGCGGAAAUUCAAGACUGAAAUUUUCUCAUAAGCAAGACUACUCUAAAAUCAAAGCUUUAAGGAAGAUUUGUAAUGAAGAGAUGUGUGUGAUACAGAAGAAUGAAGAAUGUCAUUUUAAAAACACGAUUAAAAGUUCCAAGGAGUACUCGAAUUGUCGAUAUGUCUAUGGAGAUAUGCACUUCAAUUAUCGUUUCCAAGAAAGUAAUCCAGGGGAUAUGAAUUUCAAAAUUGACGGAUGUUUUGUGUUCAAUCGGACAGGAAUUCAGUAUUUGAAGCCCAUUUUGAGAGCAUUUACGACUUGUGAUAGGGAGCAUAUAUUCGAAAAGAAUAAGUAUAUGUGUACGGAUCAAUUGGAAGAGUUGAAGAGACAUUGGGAACCGAACAAGCUGAAAAUUGAUGCAGAUCCGAUAAAAGUCAGAUGUUAUCACGGCGAGUGUCGAGGAGGAUUUAUCUCUGAAAACGUGCAGACUCGAUAUUCUGGAUGCGAAGUUUUCCGAGGCGAUGUCUACAUGUCUCAAAAAAGUGGAAACAUCUCCGAGCGGAUCCACGAGCUAUCCUAUGCUCAUAAAAUAAACGGCUCAUUCCACGUCGUCAACAACACCUUCAUCACAAAACUGGCGCUUCCAUUCCUGAAGAAAAUUGAUUCAGCGAAAUGCCCCGCCUUGGUAAUCGAGAACAUGGAAAACCUUCGCGACGUGAUAUUCCACUCAAGCAUCGAAUUCAAAUGCAACACUACCGGACCGAAAGUUAUCAUCAGAAAUUGUUCCCGGCUCUAUCUAUACAAGCAGACCCUCCGACAAAUGAGACAAUACGGUGCAGUAUUCGAGGGAUUCAAUUCGGAAACUGACGCGUAUUCUGAAAAUUGCACGUUCUUCCUUCUGUUUGGAAGUCUGGGUGUCAUUCUUAUUUUUGAAAUUUUAUGGGAUCUUCGAAGAAAUCUAUUGCUUCCGAACUGGACGUAUCGCAUCUUCCCAAUGACAAUCAUGAGAAAACCAAAGCAAAAACAGCCAAGGAAAAAGAAGCCUCAAUGA